AUGAAACAAUACAACUCUACUCUUGAAUCUGCUUUUGAUUUAUCAACUUAAGUUGGCCGUCUUGAGCACUUUAAAAAUAUGAUGAAUCCCAUGAAUUUCUUCUACACAGAAAAGACACUUAAGGAAUACAUUUAAAUUCUAAAGAAAGUUGAUUCCGACCCAGCAUUAAAAAGCUAAUACACUAAUGAAGAAUUAUGGAGAAUCAAAUACGUAGUCUUAUCAAAUGUUCAUCCUCAAACUGAAGAAGUUAUCCCUUAUCCCUUUAGAACAAGUGCUUUUGUUUUAGCAAAUACUCCAAUUAGUUUUGGAUUGGCAGUCUUACCUCCUACACCCUUCAACUAGGUUAUGAGCUAAUCUAUAAACUAAACAUUCAACUUCUGUUUCAAUUACUUCAAUAGAAAUGUUUCAAAUGUUUACAGUAGCUCUGAAUUAGCAAUGUCAUUUUCAGGAGCAGUGACUGCUGCUAUCGUUGGUAGUUUAGGUACAGCUGCUCUCUCUAAGAAAUUAGCAUUCAAUAAAACAUUAGCAAACAUUGUUUUAAGCAUAUCUCCCUAUAUUGGUGUAUCUGUUGCUAAUGUAUGCAAUUUAGCAUUCUCAAGAUACUAAGAUUUUUCUAAAGGAAUAAAAAUUAAAGAUUUAGAAACAGGAGAACCAAUUGAAAUACAAAAUUCUUUUAUUGCAGCUAAAAUGGCUUUCUGGUAAACUGCAGCAAGCAGAGUUAUUAUACCCAUUCCAGUAUUCUUAAUUCCAAUCGGAGGUAUUAAGCUAUUAAAGUCAUAUGGAUAUUUCCCAAAAGGAAAUUUAGCAGGAAAUUUAGUAAGUUCUGGUUUGGCAGCUUUAGGUUUAUGGGUAGGAGGUACUAUUGGUUUCUCAAUAUUCGAGUAAAAUACUAAAUGCCAUGUCAAUAAAUUAGAACCAGCUUUCCACAAUCUUAUUAAUAAAAAUGGCAAAAAAAUAGAAUAUGUUACUUAUAAUAAAGGUUUAUGA